AUGGUAGCUGAGACGCAGCGGAUCGGAGGGAGAGAGGAAAGAGGGGAACAUGAGGAGAAAGUACAAGGUCAGGAAGAACCAGGAGGAGCAAUAAUUUUCAAGUUGGUUGGAAUCAGCUUCGGUCUGCUGUGUAUCAUCCAGUCUGCUGUUAAUGUUUAUAUCUGGCUCCAAGCUGUGAAAGAAUUGUGCCGCCCACUGCAGUGCAACCCUCUGCCUGUGCCACCAGUGAUGCCUGUCCCCCCAAUGCCACCUGUCCCACCAGUGAUGCCUGUCCCCCCAAUGCCACCUGUCCCACCAGUGAUGCCUGUCUCCCCAUUGCCGCCUGUGCCACCAAUGAUGCCUUUCCCCCCAAUGCCACCUGUCCCACCAAUGAUGCCUUUCCCCCCAAUGCCGCCUGUCCCACCAAUGAUGCCUUUCCCCCAAUGCCGCCUGUCCCACCAAUGA